GAGAAGUGGCGCGAUUGGCUGUCGAUUCAGAGAUCAGCCCUGAUCUAAGAUAAAAAACCAAGAGAGCUGCGCCUCACAGGAGCAGAGGACAGAAAAACAAAUCCACAACUGAUCCCUACUUAAUUAAUAACACGUACACGUUGACACUGACAGUAACUCCCCGCUGGCAAAGAGCUACAAGAAAGCCAAGGAAGAGAAUUUUAAAAAUUGCCAUCCUGGUGCUGGUGGUAGAACACCUGAACGCGUUAAGUCCAGCUGGAGCACAGCACAGUUCUACAACUUUUCUUACAGCUAAAACUUCCUGCAGGAUGGCUCACUAUCACCGGUUGUCUGUCGUGUUGUUCGCGUGGAGCUAUUUUUGCUUUGGAUCUUGUGAUCUGCUAAAAGAUCAUUUCGCAGGACUCAAGAACAAUGCCGACUUGGGAGAUUUCGACAGGACUGGGGAUACACAUGACAUUUCUGAAGCUGAAAACGAGCUGCUUUUGCGGGACACCGUCUCAGAACACAUGGUGAUGCUAUAUGAUAAGUACAAGGGAACAGGUUUUCACUUCAAGGAUGGAAAUACAGUUCGGAGUUUUAAAGCUAAGUGGGGCACCAUUAGAGAUAAGCAACUGCAAAUCUUUAACCUGACCUCCCUAACGAAAUCAGAAGACAUUCUCUCUGCCACGUUACAUUACUAUAUAGGAGACCUGCUGAACACAAGCCGGAAGUGUGCAAGACCCAUGAGCUGUGGUCACCAUGGCCACAGAAAACAAGCCCACAUCCAUCUUGCCAUCUGGAGUUUGGCUUCUGUGGCCAACAACACCAGGACUCUGGGGCACUUUCAUAUCAAUGCCUCCACUGUCUAUCGGAACUUCCUGUCAUGGCAGUGGAAGGACAUUACACGUGUCCUGAAUGAAGCCAAGCACAAGGACGAGCUUCUGAUCGGGAUUGAGAUCGCCUCGCAAGGAACCAGGCCCUGGAAAAAGCUGCUUUCUAAGUGCUCCCCAUACAUUCUGGUGUACGCAAACGACUCUGCUAUCUCAGAAUCAGAAGCUGUAGUGUCAACACUGCAAAGGCAAGGGGGGUCCCUGGCUCCCGGCCUCCACAAGCUGGGAGUGCACACACGCAACAGCACCGCCGAGCGGAGGAGCAAGCGAUCCGCUAACAUCCUCUUCCCACUGCAGAACAACGAGCUGCCAGGGGCAGAGUACCAGUUCAACGAGGCCCAGGCCUGGGGAGAGAGGAAUCCGUACAAAGCACUGGAGACCCGCCCAGCAGAGCGGCAGAGGAACAAAAAGAAGCAGCGAAAGAGCGAUCGGCACAAGGUGCAGACGCUCCAGUUCGAUGAACAGACUUUGAAAAAGGCUCGACGGAAGCAGUGGAACGAGCCACGGAAUUGCGCCCGCAGGUACCUGAAGGUGGAUUUUGCUGACAUUGGCUGGAGUGAGUGGAUUAUUUCCCCAAAGUCUUUUGAUGCCUACUACUGCUCUGGGUCCUGCCAGUUUCCCAUGCCAAAGUCUUUAAAGCCGUCGAACCACGCCACCAUCCAGAGCAUUGUGAGAGCUGUGGGUGUGGUUCCUGGGAUCCCAGAGCCCUGCUGCGUUCCAGAACGCAUGUCCUCCCUCACUAUAUUAUUCUUUGACGAGAACAAGAACGUGGUCCUCAAGGUCUACCCCAACAUGACUGUGGAGUCGUGUGCCUGCAGAUAACACCAUGGAGACAUUCACUUCAAUUAUUCCUUCACUUUGGAUUUUUUUUUUUUUUGCACUGGAAGAUAAAUUCUGAUCAAAAGUGAAGAUUUCCACUUUCGGUUACUUUUUAAGCUCCAUCGAUUAUGAAAUUGGAUAGGCGGACAACAGAGACCUUUAUGUACAAAGUUCAAAACAUGGACAGCAGCAUUACUGCUGAUGCUCUCCACUGUCGAUUUAACGACUGAAUGACUAACUGAUGAGACAGUUCUGAAACCAGUUUCUACAGUAAAGAUGAAAGAUAACUAGUACCUAAUAGAGGGGAGAAUGUCUUAAAGAACCGUAUAAGAAGCCUCUAACUGUUCUGAAUCAGAAACAUGAUGGCCUCAUGAACUCCUGCUGGACAAGCCUUUUCUUUAUUGUUUAUCAAGGUGGCCUUUAUAUUGCACAGUAUAACCACAAAGUAUCAAUAUAGGAUCUCUUAAACGCAUUACUGCAAUCAGAAAUUGUUUUCUUAGGGAAGAGAGGUGUAUAGAUAUAUUUAUGGCUGUUGUCUAGUUCUAUUCAAAACCAAUAUAUAACCAGAUAUAAUUUUAGUUUAAACCAGAUUAAAGCUUGGUAAGUGGCAUCACGAUGCAGGUGAUUAUUAUUUAUAAUUUCAAUAAUUUGUCUUUCAUUCAUUGUCACAUAUCAGCACUGUGUAAUCAGCUAGAUGCACCUAAUGUGCGCUCACUACACAUUGAAACCAUGCCAGCCCUCGUAUUUCAUGAUUAUUAAAGUGAUGCACCUUGUAAA